CUCAUUCCUCUCUCCCUCUCUCUCUCUCUCUCUUUUAACCUCAUCUGUCUCUGUUACCUGAAUGCGUUAUCUCGGGUUGAGAACCCUCGUCUGUCUGAAGGAGCGCAGCCACUCUUGGACACUGUGCAACACUAUUCGUGUGUAGUUUAUGUUUCCUUGCCAUCGCAUCGAAGAGUUCAGAUGUUGACCUGAACCAUUGGGAGGGAGUGUUUAGCGGCUUAUAGCUGUCCUGUAAGCUUUGAAAUCGACCUUAUCUCUCAGGUUUUUUGUCCAGAAUUUACCGUUUUUUUUUAUACGUAACCUGAAAUUGAAGCAGAGGUUUCAGAGAGCUGGGCACGAUAUAGGAUCUGUACAUCAUUCCUCCGUUUGCCAAAGGGAAGGAACAUCAGGUUAAUCCCAAUCCAAGGCAAAAGUACUUCCAAAAGGACCUGAAGUCUCCUUCAAAGGGAACUUGCUCAUCUUAACUGCUGGCUCUCAGAAGCGACAUAGUAGGCUUUCUCUGCUGUUUUGUUUAAAAUCUCGUCACUCUUCAGCAUUGUUUUAGUUGUACUUGAAGCUUCUAUUGCCAACCUCUGGAAACCUGAGCCAAGCUCAAAAAGCAUAGACAACGAGUGAGAGAGAACCAGACACUCUAGUUUAUUGCUUACCUACUUUCGGGGUUCCUGAUCUACUCCUGCACAAAUCCACCAUGAUGCUUAAGCAGGAAAUGCCUACAGUUUUUUUGCUCCCUAUCUACCUGUUGAUGUGGCUUUACUCGGCCCUCACCUUUAUCCCAUGGUAUUUCCUCUCCGAUGCAAAGAAGAAAAAGGCCAUGGCAAAGCGCAUGAAGGCCAAACCCACGUCAGAGAAGCCAGGCAGCCCCUAUCGAUCCGUGGACCACUUUGAUUCCCUGGCCAAAAUGGACUUCCCUGGGGUGGACACCCUUGACAAACUCUUUGACGCAGCGGUGAAGAAGUUUCAGAAGGGAGAUUGCCUGGGAACGAGAGAGAUGCUGAGCGAGGAAAACGAGGUCCAGACAAAUGGAAAAGUUUUUAAAAAGCUAAUCCUAGGGGAGUAUAAGUGGAUAAACUAUGAGGAGGUCAGUCAGCGAGUGACCCUAUUCGGCAGUGGCCUGUCUUCCUUGGGACUGAAGGCAAAUCACAUGAUUGCUAUUUUCUGUGAAACCCGAGCGGAAUGGAUGAUCGCAGCCCAAGCAUGCUUCAAGUACAAUUUUCCUCUUGUGACACUUUACGCUACCCUUGGAGAGGAUUCUGUAGCUUACGGUCUCAAUGAAUCUGAGGUAACCCACCUCAUCACCAGUGUGGAUCUCAUCGAUACAAAGUUAAAGAAUGUACUACCCAAAAUCAACAAGUUGAAAUACCUCAUCUAUGUGGACAAGAAGACAAUCAGUACCUCUGGUUACCCAGAGAAGCUUCGGAUCCACAGCAUGACGUGUGUGGAGGAGCUGGGGAGCAAGCCGGAGAACUUGAAUGCUCAUUUAAACAGUCCCACCCCGACUGACUUGGCAGUGGUGAUGUAUACCAGCGGCUCCACAGGUCACCCGAAGGGAGUGAUGAUCAAUCACAGUAAUUUAAUAGCUGGCAUGACGGGCCAGUGUCAGAGGAUACCUUGGCUGGGCCCCAGGGACACGUAUAUCGGCUACCUUCCACUAGCUCACGUCCUAGAACUUACAGCAGAAAUCUCCUGUGUUGCUUAUGGCUGUCGAAUUGGUUACUCGUCCCCUCAAACCCUGUCUGAUCAGUCCACGAAAAUCAAAAAAGGCAGUAAAGGUGAUUGUUCCGUCCUGAAGCCAACUCUAAUGGCAGCCGUCCCAGAAAUAAUGGAUCGAAUCUACAAGAACGUCAUGAGCAAGGUGCAGGAGAUGAGCUACGUACAGAGAACACUGUUCAAGCUGGGUUAUGACUACAAAUUGGAUCAGAUCAAGAGGGGCUACGAUGCACCCCUGUGUAACUUGUUACUAUUUAAAAAGGUGAAAGCCUUGUUAGGAGGGAACGUUCGGAUGAUGCUGUCCGGCGGAGCACCUCUUUCCCCACAGACUCAGAGGUUCAUGAAUGUUUGCUUCUGCUGUCCAGUGGGUCAAGGCUAUGGGCUGACGGAAACGUGUGGUGCAGGCAGCAUCACUGAAGUCUUGGACUACAGCACAGGCAGAGUCGGAGCACCUCUUAUCUGCUGUGAAAUCAAACUGAGGGACUGGGAAGAAGGCGGAUAUACCUGCAAGGACCAUCCCAACCCCAGAGGGGAGAUUCUGGUUGGAGGACCAAAUGUCGCCAUGGGAUACUUCAAGAUGAAUAAGUCAAACGAUGACUUUUUCCUGGACAGCGUUGGUCAGAGGUGGUUCUGCACUGGGGACGUGGGGGAAUUCCAUCCAGAUGGCUGCUUGCAGAUAAUUGAUCGGAAGAAAGACUUGGUGAAGCUGCAGGCCGGGGAGUAUGUGUCUUUGGGCAAAGUGGAAUCAGCCUUAAAGAGCUGCUCUCUCAUUGAUAAUAUCUGUGCGUACGCAAACAGCGAGCAGUCCUACGUGAUUAGUUUUGUGGUCCCCAAUCAAAAGAAACUGACGAUCCUGGCCGAGCAGAAAGGGAUUGAGGGGGUGUGGGAGGAACUGUGCAACAACAAAGUGAUGGAGGCCGAGGUGUUGCGAGAGAUCAAAGAAGCCGCACAAUCCAGUAAAUUAGAAAAGUUCGAAGUUCCCAUGAAGGUGCGUUUGAGCCCAGAGCCGUGGACUCCAGAGACUGGUUUGGUCACAGACGCCUUCAAACUCAAGCGGAAAGAGCUAAAGAAUCACUAUCUAAAUGACAUUGAACGGAUGUAUGGAGGAAAGUAGAGCCCGCACGGAGCCCUGGAUGUGUUGUGUGUGGGUUUUUGUUUUCUCCUCUCUGGUGCCUGAUGGGAACAAUUGCAUCUUUGAAUUUCUAAGAACAAUGAAUGAACGAAUGACCCAUUUAUAAAUAAAACUAACAAACCAAAAGGUUAUUGCUCCAAAGCAAGUGGUUGCAUUCAACACAGCUGAGUCUUGCUUGAACUGUGAGGGUCAUGUGUGGGGUGGGGGUGGGUUACCCCCAACCUAGAAGCCCAACAAUAUUUGCACCACCCAGUUACUUUCUACUAACAGCCAGAAGGUCUUUAUUUAUGCAUGUGUUUUUUUACAGUAAAUACCACCUUCGUUUGGGUUUGUUUCUCUUAUCUGUGUCUCUUGGAGCCGCCUGCUGAUUGUACCAAGUCCACGAGUUGCCAGUUAGCGGGGACCAAACUUAAAGGUUGACCGGUGUUGUGUCCUUGAAUGUUUUUUUAAAAAAAAGAAUAGUUUGGUCCCACACCUUUACCAUUCAAAUGCCAAUCAGCUGUGGCGGCAGCCCUUGAUGUGAAGUUUGCACUAACAAUUCUAUCCCAUCGGUUUGUAUAGAAACUUGCUGAGAAUAAUCCUUGAAGUACGUAGGUACUUGUUUCUUUAUGUAUCAUACAGGCUAUGGUUAUUGAAUAUAAAGAUUGCAGAUGGAUCUUAUUUUUAAAUAAAGCAGCUAAAAAGAAA